UUAUUCCUUUUUUCCCCCUUGGUUCAUAAACAGGAGAGACCGGGCUUUUUAGCUCCUUUUCAUCUGGCGUUGGAUGAGAAAAACAUUUCCAAGAAACUACAGCUCCAACACAAGGAGGAAUUAGGGUUUCCAAAGGGAUGAAGAAACGUCAAGUAGUUUUGAAAAGUGGAAGAAGUUCGUCUUCGGUGAAUCGGAACGUGAGGUAUGGGGAGUGCCAGAAGAACCAUGCGACGAAUAUUGGAGGGUACGCCGUGGACGGUUGCCGGGAGUUUAUGGCGAGUGGCACUGAAGGGACCACUGGGGCUUUAACAUGCGCCGCUUGUGGUUGCCACCGCAACUUUCACAAGAAGGAAGUACAAACUGAGGUAGUCUGCGAGUAUACUCCACCAAAUUCUUAAUAAGAUCAAUAUCCAAACAACACUAUAAUAGAAUUGUUUUUUU